GUUCAGGAAAUACUAAGCGAAUGGAGCGCAAACGUCCGGAAUUGGUGAGUUUGUCCAAAGACCUUGAAAAAGCUCUCGAAAAUCCGCGGUUCACUGACGUGACUCUGAAAGUAGGCACCGAGCAGUUUCCAGCUCACAAAGUGAUCCUGAUGAGUCGCUCCCAAGUGUUCGAACGGAUGUUCGAUUCGGAUAUGAAAGAAAAUCAAGAAAACGUCGUGGAUUUGGUGGACGUGAAAGAGUCAAGUGUCAAAGCCAUGCUCAUGUAUAUGUACACAGGAUGCACAGAUAAAAUGACCAUGGAUCAAGCCAUUGAUCUUUACACAACUUCUGACAGAUACGGCAUCCUGGGACUGAAGGAACUUUGUAAAAAAUUCAUUUCCGAUGAAAUCGAAACAGAAACUAUUUGCGAUGUCGCUGUUUUGGCUGAUUUGCACAGCGACGAAGAACUCGGCAAGGCCGCAAAAUGUGCGCUUAAGAAACAUGCAAAAAAAGUCUUCGAAAGCCAGAAAUGGAAAGAUUUUGCAAAAGCACACCCGGCCGUUUAUUCAGCAUUACUGGAGAGUACGGUGUUGUAUGUUUGCGAAGAACUGGAGGAUCCCUUUAACAGGACCGGCGACAUGUUCGACGAUGAUGAUGACGGACUAAUGUCUAGUGAUUCUUCAAAAUAUUGA